AUGAAAAUUCCACUUUAUAGACAGGACGCCAAAACUACAACACUAGCACCACAUCAAACUAAUGCAGCGUCUCCAAAAGCCACUACAAAACCAAAAGUGUCAUUUAUACAGUUAUUUCGAUUUGCCAGCCGACCAGAACUAUCCAUUCUUCUAGUUGCUGCUAUUUUAUCAGCCAUCUCAGGAGGCCUACCACCUUUAGCCAUCUUAAUCUAUGGAUCUUACAUCUCUAAAAUAGUUAGAGCGCAAGGCAACGAAGCAGUCUUGGCAAGUAUCAUGCCAACUAUUCAACUGAUGUUGGUCAUGGGCACGGCAGCAAUUGUCACCACCUAUGUUUCCACCUGCCUAUGGAUCCGAAUGGGAGAACGACAGGUGCGACGUAUCCGAGCAUUGUAUCUGCACUCCAUUCUCAAGCAAGACAUGACCUGGUUUGAUACAGCCAAGGACGAUUCGUUAUUGACUCGAUUAGCUAGUGAUACACAGCUCAUUCAAGACGGUAUAUCUGAAAAACUCGGUUUGUGUAUCUCCUUUUGUUGCCAAUUUCUUGCCGGAUUUGCAGUUGGAUUUUAUAAAGGCUAUAAGAUGGCAUUGACCAUGUUUGCCGUGUGUCCACUAUUAGCCGCCAUCAUGCUGACUAUGAUAGUGAUGAUCAAAAAGUAUGUCAUCCAGACGCAAACAUCCUAUGCACAGGCUGGUGCAGUGGCAGAACAAGCGCUACAGGCUAUCCGUACAGUGCAUGCAUUUUCGCUUCAAGAGAGGUUUUUGAAACGUUUUCAAGAAAAACUCAAAGUAGCUGAACGAUACGGUGUCAAGCGAAUCUACGUAACUGGUAUUGGGAUCGCAACAUUCACAUUCUGUUUCUUUAGUUCUUUGGGAUUAGCUCUCUGGUAUGGAUCUCAAUUGGUCUUGCAGGGCACAUCCACAGCAUCCUCUGUGUUUGUUGUAUUUCUGGCUAUGAUCAUGGGUAGUAUUUCCAUGGCCAAGAUGCUCCCUCAUCUCACAACCAUCACAAAUGCAUGUGGUGCGUCUUACAAAGUGUUCAAGGUCAUUGAUACGGUGCCUACCAUCCAAUGCAACCAUCACAGCGGCAAAAAACCUGCGCAGGUAGAUGGCACCAUCGAGUUUAAACAUGUCAAUUUUGCCUACGCCUCCAGACCUGAUGUACCCGUCUUACAUAACCUGUCACUCACCAUUCACGCAGGCAUGACUGUAGCGUGUGUUGGUGCAUCAGGCUCUGGAAAAUCAACGCUUGUUCAGCUUUUACAACGGUUUUAUGAUCCCAAGGAUGGCAAAAUUACACUGGAUGGCCAUGAUGUCAAAGACUUGAAUGUCCAAUGGUUUCGUCAAAGCAUUGGCGUAGUAAAUCAGCAACCUGUCUUGUUCAACACGACUAUUCGAGAGAACAUCCAAAUGGGCAGCCCUGUGCCUGUCUCGGAUGAGGCUAUCAUUGCAGCAGCCAAAGAAGCCAACUGCCAUCAUUUCAUCAUGAAGUUGCCUCAAGGAUACAGUACCUCAGUUGGAGAGCACGGAGACAUGCUGUCAGGUGGACAGAGACAGAGAAUCGCUAUUGCCAGGGCCACAGUGAAAAAUCCAAGUAUAUUACUGUUGGAUGAAGCAACCUCAGCACUAGACACGCAGUCUGAACGACUAGUACAAAAUGCGCUUGAUAAAGCGUCAGCUAAUCGAACAACGAUCAUUGUUGCUCAUCGUUUGUCUACUGUAGCCAAAGCAGACAAGAUUGUAGUGCUGGAUCAAGGCAGCAUCAUUGAAACAGGCACACAUCAAGAGUUGAUUCGUCUCAACGGAAAGUACGCGGAUCUUGUGCGGAAACAAUCCAUCAGCUCUGGAGAAGAGGAACAGCAAGACACAUUGUCGAUAGAAGAGGAGAUUGGCCAUGAAGUAUCGGUCGGUGAACAGAAGAUAGAUUAUAAAUCGCAGCUGCACAGUGAUCUCACCAAGGUGAAUACGAUCGAUUCCAAUGGCAGCACUGAUAUAUCUGUUUUCAGCGAUACCAACACCAAAGCCUCUAUUUAUGACGAAAAGGAGAUCACUGCACAUUUAGAGAACAACAAAAGCAGCACGAGGCGUCGUACCCAGUACCCUAGCACUUGGAGCGUUGUCAAGCGAAUGCGGCAGGAAUGGUGGUUGAUUCUACUCGGCGUUUGUGGAGACCUUAUCAAGGGUGCCAUCUUACCGCUGUACGCGUACACCUUUUCCAGCGUCAUUGGCAUUCUCUCUGAUCCCAACUAUCAGAAAGCAGCACCUUUGCAAGGCACAAAUCUCUAUGCGUUUAUAUUCUUUAUUAUCGGCGUCGCGUCCUUUGUGGGAGGAGGCCUCAGCAAGAUUUGCUUGCCUCUCAGUGGUGAAUACUAUACGCACAGACUGCGUGGUCAAGUAUUUGAAGCAUACAUGAAGCAAGACAUCGAAUUCUUUGACAAGAAAGAGCACAAUACAGGCAUUCUGACAACUCGGCUCGCGUCUGAUGCUCGCAAUGUAAGCGACAUGGUCUCUAAGGUGUGGGGAGACGUGGUUGAUCUGUUUGCAACUCUUACAACGGGUCUCAUUAUUGCCUUUACGCACAGCUGGGCCCUGACACUGGUCACCAUGAGCAUGUUACCACUGAUUGUGCUGUCGACUACGUUUGACAUGUACCUGCAGCGUAGUUUUGAUGACAUGACCAAGAAUGACAACAUAGCAAGUAGUCAGGUAGCUGGUGAAGCGAUUCGAGAAGUCAGAACUGUAGCAGCGCUCUGUAAGCAAGCUUAUUUUGAGGAACGGUACGCCAAAGCCACGGAACGCUCCCAUCAGCUAGCGAUAAGAAAAGCUUAUUUCUCAUCCAUUGGAUUCGCAUUCCACCGAGGCAUCACAAUCUAUACCAACGCCUUGGCAUUCUACUUUGGCACCCGAUUGCUUGUCGAUGGCAGCAUCGAAUUCCGUCAGUUAUUCACCAGCAUGACAGUGUUGAUCCUUACUGCCGAAUCAGCUGCUCGAAGCAGUAUGUUUGCCACUGUGCUUACUAAAGGAAAGGAGGCGACUCGCGCCAUAUUCGAACUUCUGGACUCAGCGUGCUCAAGUCGAAUCGAAUCUGGACUUGAAGGAGCAGAACCCGAGGUUGGGACAUUGAAAGGAGAUAUCAGAUAUGAUGGUGUCAAAUUUGCAUACCCCGCAAGACAAGAUAACUUAAUCUUUGAUGGCAAUUUCAGCCUGGAUAUUCAAUCUGGGCAAACAGUUGCUCUUGUAGGACGGUCCGGAUGUGGUAAAUCUACCAUCAUUGGGUUACUUCAGCGAUGGUACGAUGUGAUGGAAGGCUCCGUCUCGCUAGAUCAGCGCAAUGUCAAGUCAUACUCUGUGGACAACCUACGAAGCCAUAUGUCAGUCAUUGUGCAAGAGCCUAUUCUGUUCAAUGUGUCCAUUGCAGAGAACAUUCGCUAUGGCGUCUACGAAAAAGGGACGCUUGUCACUCAGCAAGACGUAGAGAAUGCGGCCAAGGCUGCUAACAUUCAUGGUUUCAUCACCAGUCUCCCACAGGGUUAUGCCACACUCGUUGGUGUCAAGGGAUCUCAACUGUCAGGUGGUCAGAAGCAAAGGAUAGCUAUUGCCCGAGCCAUUUUGAGAAAACCAAGAGUGCUGUUACUGGAUGAAGCGACAUCUGCCCUCGACAGCGAGAGCGAGCGACUGGUGCAAGAAGCGCUUGAUCAGAUUAUCCAACAAGGAAAUCAGACAACGAUUACCAUUGCACAUCGACUGUCCACUAUAGUCAAUGCAGAUAUCAUUUGCGUACUAAAAAAUGGUAAAAUCAAGGAGCAAGGCACACAUAAAGAGCUGUUGGCAUUGAAUGGCAUGUACUCUAGAUUGAUUGCUGAGCAAUCACUGAGUAUUCAAUGA